UCCGUGCGACAGCGGAAAUUAUCACGUGAUAGUAUUUUUACGACAAAGACUUCACUUUCACCGGCAGUAUGUUAUUGUAAUUCCGUGCUGGUUUGCGUUCUACCGGGCUCCCAGGAUGCUCCUCCAUUUCUGUCCCCAGUGUGGCACGAAGCUGCAGCCUGGCUACAGGUUCUGCCCCUCUUGUGGUGAUAAGCUUCCAUGUGCUGCGGAUCUCACUGCGGCGGUGGAAGCUACGUCCUCUGAAGUUUCUCAGCUGAUAGUCACUGAUGGCGUCCUCACCACUACACCCAGCAUUAGUACCCCAGCUACAGGCACAGCACACCUGACUGUUGGAGAUUCAGGAGGCCUGAUCUGCUCGACCACCAGCCCUGUGUCGGCCCGCGGCCCACUGCGUAGGACACGUAAAUCUGCCCCCACGGCCCGGAAUGAGGAGACUCCUAGUAGUGUAGCCUCUCCCCCUGUCACGGCUUCCCCAAAACGGGCUGCAGCAGAUCAAAGCCCCAAAUCGGUGAUGUCUCCACGUAAACGACGUGCUGUCACCCCAAAAGUGGAACAGAUAAAUGAGGUACCAUCUGUGGAGUUGGCCUGUCCUAUCCCCUCUCCUCUUCCCAGGUCCCCCUCCACAGUAAAGGGGAAGGCGAAGAAGGUUAAGCGGGUGUGUGCUGUGGAGCCUCUGCAGGAAGGGGAGGAGCUUUGUGACACAACAGGCAGGAAGUGGAGGCUGGUGAGCCUGUUGAGUCAAAGCGAAGCUGAGUUGUUCUAUGGGGUCCAGCAGAAAGAGCUAAGUGCCAAGACCAGUGACUACAAAUACAUCCUUAAACUAGGGGCUAAAGAUGGGAAGAUCUUUAAUGAGCAGAACUUCCUACAGAGAGCUGCCAAGCCCUCAUCAGUGGACAAGUGGGUAAAGCAAGCCAAGCUGGACUUCCUAGGGGUUCCUGCCUGUGCUGGAUUUGGUCUUCAUGCAGACUCCUACAGGUUUCUGAUUUUCCCCAACAUGGGCCAAACUCUGCAGUCUUUCAUGGACGAGGGGGAUGUAAUCCUGUCUGAGAAAGCCGUGCUUCAACUGGCCUGCAGGAUAUUGGACGUGUUGGAGUUCAUUCAUAAAAAUGAGUACGUUCACGCAGACAUCCAUGCUGAAAACAUCUACAUCAGCACAGCACAACAAACACAGGUGUACCUUGCAGGGUAUGGCCAUGCCUUUCGCUACUGCCCUGGUGGCCGGCACGUGGAGUACCGCGAAGGCAGUCGAACGCCACACGAAGGAGCCAUAGAGUUUAUUAGCCUGGAGUCUCACAAAGGAGCCGGUCCAUCGCGCCGCAGUGACCUGCAGGCUUUGGCUUACUGUCUGCUGCGCUGGCACACGGGAACACUGCCCUGGUCCUCCCUCACACAGACACCGGGCCGCGUCUCCGCGGAGAAGGAGAGGUUCGUGAAGGACAUUCCAGGGCUCAUGAGUCACUGCUUCGGACAGAAGAAAGUAUCUGGCGCGCUGCAGUCUUACUUGUGCCAGGUGAUGGCUCUGCAGUACUCUGACCAGCCAGACUAUGAGGCUCUGAGGGCAGGCCUUAUGGCUGCUCUGCAGAAGCUUGGAGGUUCACUGGAGAAACCUUUGGACCUGCAGGUGAAUGCUCUCAGCAAGAGAUGAUCAUUUGCAAGAGAUGAACCACCGUGAUUUUUAGCCACAUGAGAAUGUUAAAAAAAAAAAACCUGUUCUUGAUUGUAUGUAUUUUGAGUCCUGCUGUGUAUAAUGUUUGGAUGAACUUUGUGAAGUGUGUGUUAUUAUGUUCAGUGGAGGUGCAUACACUCAAGGCUACAUCCAGGUUACUCAUGUUAUUAUCAGCACUAGGUGGCAGGCUGACCGUGAGUAGGCCGUAGAUGAUGCAUUACAUAACAAAGACCCUGCGAUCAGUGUGCUCAAGACUGGGUGUACUAAUAGCCACACUGUUUGUUAUACUUCAAGUUUUAUAGCUCAUUGAUACACAUUUUAGUUUUUCUAGUGUUUUCUUCACAGAAUUAAUGUUUAUCAUUAAAGAGUUUUAAUUCACCUGUA